GGAAUGAAAGAAGAAUCUCUAUAAAUAGCCCUUAUAGCUAGCUACACAUCACUUCCAUAUUCUCACCCACACAAAUGGCUAACUCAAUGCUUAUCAAGGUUACUUCCUUGGCUAUGAUAUGCUUGGUUUUGGGUAUUCCCUUAGCCAAUGCUGUCCAAACAUGUGAUGAAAUCAAAACCUCCUUAGCAUCAUGCCUUGGCUACCUUACGGGCUCAGAACCAUCGGUCCCUGUAAUGUGUUGCAAUGGUGUUCAAACUGUUGAUGACCAAGCCAAAUCUCUUCCCGAACGUAAAGAUGCUUGUGAGUGUAUCAAAUCAACUUUAGCCAGCAUUCCUGGAGUCGAUCCAAAUGCCGUUCAGGAUCUCCCUAACAAGUGUAGUGUCAAACCGUCUUUCCCUAUUGGUGCCGACGCAGACUGUAGCCAGAUAAGCGUUGAGCUCUGAGCUUGCAGGUCUUGCACUUGAUGAAUUAGCAUAAACUUGAUUUGGUAAUAACCAGGACAGAAUAAAGAUGUUUUGAUUUCUCGAAAUGUAACGGAUCAUUCCCACUAUAAAAGCUUGUUUAAAUAAAUUGUUAUUUCAUUCCUA